ACAAAAUUUAAAAUUAUUCACGUGUAUGUAAAAACAUUGUGAAAUUUCUUUCAAAUACUGAAGAAACAUGUCGAAGAAAAGCAAAGGAAAGAAAAAUAAGGACUUCGAUAGUGAUCUCGAAGAUGAUCAAUCAAUUGAUAGUAAAGAGAAGUCAAAAGUCAGUCGAAAAGGUUCAGAAAUCAACGAGAAAGUUCCAACAAAAUCAGGAAAGAAAAAGAAAGGAAAGAAAGUUGCAAGUGAUGAUAGUGAAGAUGAAGAAAGAAAUGUUAUUAAAAAUGAACCAACAACGGAACAACAAAAUUCGACUGUUCAAUCAAAAUCUAAAAAGAAAUCGAACAAGAAGAAAACUGACGAUUGGGGAAGUGAUGACGAGAAAGAAAAAAACUUGUUAAAACUUGAUGAAUCUGAUGAUGAGGAUCUUCUUGUGAAAAGGCCAGCUCAAAAAUUGAAGAAAAAAUCUAAACCAGCUAAGAAGCAAGAAUCUGAAGAUGAAGCUGAUUUAACGCCAUUAUCAGAUGAAGAGAUUGAAGAACAAGUGUCAGUGCCAGUCAGCAAAUCGAAAGAAAAGGAGAAAAAAAAACUUCCAAAGGAACUUGUACCCAGUGAAAAUGAAGAAGAAUUGGAGGAAUCUAAAGAUAUAAAAUUAACCGAGAAAGCAGUCGAUGAAGUUUCUGAAUUGCAAGAUAAGUUCGCAGAUGUUCAAGUUGAUGAUACAUCAGAGAGUGUUAAAACAGAGAAGCGUGUCACCAACAAAGAACUGAAGAAGCAAAAGAAAAAGGAGGAAUAUGAAAGACAACAAGAAGCUUUGUUAAAGAAAGGCGGCCAUGGUGCAUCUGAUCUGGACAGUAACUUCACAAUGUCUCAAGCACAUCGAACUGGUGGACAAAAAGCUGCACUCGAACAUGCUGUCGAUAUAAAAAUUGAAAAUUUUACAAUCUCAGCUAAAGGAAAUGAUUUGUUUGUGAAUGCAAAUUUGUUGAUUGCUAACGGACGUCGUUAUGGUCUUGUUGGACCGAAUGGUCAUGGAAAAACAACUUUACUUCGUCAUUUGCAUAGUCGAGCUUUUGAUAUUCCUCCAAACAUUGAUGUGUUGCUCUGUGAACAAGAAGUUGUAGCUGAUGACAAUUCUGCUGUUGAUACUGUUUUGAGAGCUGAUGUGAAACGAACGUCACUCUUAGAAGAAGCGAAAAAACUUGAGACAGAAAUUGAAGAUGGAAACUUAAAACUUCAAGAUCGAUUAACUGAAGUUUAUGCUGAACUUAAAGCUAUUGGAGCUGAUUCAGCUGAACCACGAGCUAGAAGAAUUCUUGCUGGUUUAGGCUUUUCAAAAGCUAUGCAAAAUCGAGCUACGAAAAACUUCUCGGGUGGUUGGAGAAUGCGUGUGUCAUUAGCAAGAGCACUUUUCAUUGAACCCACUUUGUUGCUACUUGAUGAACCUACAAAUCAUCUCGAUUUAAAUGCUGUCAUUUGGCUGGACAAUUAUCUUCAAGGAUGGAAGAAAACUUUGUUGAUUGUUUCUCACGACCAGAGCUUUUUAGAUAAUGUUUGUAAUGAAAUCAUUCAUCUUGAUAACAAAAAACUUUACUAUUAUAAAGGAAAUUAUUCAAUGUUUAAAAAGAUGUUCGUUCAAAAGCGUCGUGAGAUGAUUAAAGAGUAUGAAAAGCAAGAGAAACGAAUUAAAGAAUUGAAAGCUGGUGGUUCGUCUAAGAAAGCGGCUGAAAAGAAAACGAAAGAUAAUUUGUCAAGAAAACAAGAGAAAGGAAAAACUAAAUCACAGAAAGAAGACUUGGAUGAUGAUAAACCGACGGAACUUCUUAGUAAACCUAAAGAUUACAUUGUCAAGUUUAAUUUCCCUGAUCCGCCUCCACUUCAACCACCAAUUCUCGGUCUUCAUAAUUGCACAUUCAACUUUGACGGUCAAAAGUCUCUUUUUGUGAAAGUUGAUUUUGGAAUCGAUUUAACAAGUCGAAUCGCUAUUGUCGGUCCAAAUGGUGUUGGUAAGUCAACGUUCCUUAAACUUCUUGUCGGUGAUUUAGAACCAAGAGAAGGCGAACAGAAAAAGAAUCAUCGACUUCAUAUUGGCCGUUUUGAUCAGCAUUCGGGCGAACAUUUAACAGCAGAAGAAAAUCCUUCCGAAUAUCUUAUGAGAUUGUUCAAUUUGCCUUAUGAGAAAGCGAGAAAACAGCUGGGAACGUUUGGACUUGCAAGUCAUGCUCACACUAUUAAGAUGAAGGAUCUUUCAGGAGGUCAGAAAGCUCGUGUCGCUCUUGCUGAGCUUUGUUUAGGUGCACCCGAUGUUUUAGUGCUUGAUGAACCUACGAAUAAUUUGGAUAUUGAAUCUAUUGAUGCUCUCGCUGAUGCUAUCAAUGAUUACAAAGGUGGAGUCAUCAUUGUAUCCCAUGACGAACGUUUGAUUCGAGAGACAAACUGCUCACUUUAUGUUAUUGAAGAUCAAACAAUUAAUGAAGUUGAUGGUGAUUUCGAUGAUUAUCGUAAAGAAGUCUUGGAUUCGUUGGGUGAAAUCAUUAAUAAUCCGUCAAUAUCUGCAAACGCAAGUGUUCAACAGUAAAUUUUUUGUAUGAUUAGGAAAUAUCUUCAAUUGUUUUUAAAAUAUUUUAUUAAACACAUAUGAAUAAAAAAGGCAUCGGAAAAUCACUUAAGAAUUGCUAACUAAUUCAAGUUCUUGAAUCAUUUUGUUCAACAUAUCACGAUUAAUUUCCACAGAAAUAAAUUCUGUCUCUUUUCCUUUCAUACAAUUAAAAAUUAAAGUUGCAAACUGUUGACGAAAUGAUGCAAGUAAUGAAUUACCCAAGACAAAGUUUAAGUCCCAAUCUAAGAAUUUCAUUAAUGGAAUUUGUGAAGAAUUAUGAAGAUCUAUGAGAUGUUGAAAAACUUUCGGUUUUCUUAAUUCAAUCGCUUUGACGACAUAUUCCUUUAAAUCCUCUUCAAUUGGAAAGUAUUCUAGAAGUUCGGAUUUUGUUAUUUUAUCAGAACAAUAUUCAGUGUAAACAUUUGAUAUAUAAUCGAGUUCUUCUGAAUAUUUUGAAUAUUUCUUUGAAGUCUCCUUUUUGUAAAUUCUGUCAAUAGCAAUGUGCAAAAUCUCCAAAAGUUCAUCUUUUUCUUUAAUAUUUGA